AUGGAACCUGGCCCAAAGAAGCAGAUUCCAAUAUAUGACUAUUUCAACAGACCACCCUUCUCACGAAUCAACAAGGACCACGACGAGCAAGCACAAAAUCAACUGGAUGAGACUUUGUUUGAGUGGACUGAGGAUAAUGCCCGGAAAUUUUUGUCAGAGCAGUCGUUUGAGAAUGGUGAUGACGGCCCGGAAGUUUUGUCAGAGCAGUUGUUAAAAGGUGGUGAUGACGGCGGGAUUUCGUCAGAGCAACUGCUCCAAGACCGCGAGUCGACUCCGCCGGUCUCCUUCAAUGAGAGCAUUCACUCCUCUCAGCGCAUUGUAAAAGGCGGUAAAGAGAUGGUGAAAAGCUCGGAUGACGAAGAUUCGGAUUCUGUCAGCUCACUGGAGGCCGUAUUCUUUCCCACGAAACUCAAAAAGCCCGCGCAAGAUGAUCCCAAGGGCCCCAAAACUGCUUUUUGGUCAGCCCCGAAGAUGCUUACCAAGUUAUCGACACCGAAAUACAGAAACUCACUUGAUUCGCUUGUACAUGCUGCACUAGAUGACAAUGAAACUGAAGCGAAGGUGGCCGAACUAAAGUCUACCUGGGACAAGGAGCGACUUGAGCUGGAAAAGGAUGGGGUACAAAAGAACCGGGAAACCAUGCUGAUUUCAGCUCUUGGUGACAAUGAGAAUGAUGGGGAAUUGCAACGCCUACGUGAUGCGCUGCGAAGAACUGAAGCUCUGGAUCAUGAUCGAACCUGGAGCUUCUUGGACGAAUCACCUAUAACGCCGGCAGCACCAAAAUUCCCUGUGAAUCUACUUGACCAAAGACUAUAUACGUCUAUCUUACGAGAUCCCGCGUCUCGGGCACGCACUUUCCAGUCUGGAAUCUUGGAAUUUGCCUCACCAAUAGCACGAUUGCCAGAUGAACUCAUCAUAUGGAUCUUUCGAUCCGUAUCCAUUGAGCCUCUCAAGGAGCUGAGACAAGCUUAUUGUCGGAUAUUAGCACAACUACCUUCAGUCCACCUACGCUCGCUUAUUCGUCCGUACGACAUAAUUGAUCUCUUUCGACACCUCGGAGCAAAGUCUAGCGCAUUAGAUCUCUCCCAACCGAUUAUUCAAGAUCCUCCCGAACAGCUACACCAGGUGUCCCGACCGAAAGAUCGAUCGAUCCUAUUAUCCACUUUCCAGUUGCUUCGAGACUUGGCUGAAUCCCUUUCUCCAGAUACCCUAGAGACUGCAAUCCAGAUUCUUUUUAGGAUGACGCUCGACGUGUCGUUGACUGAAGAUAGCGUUAUCGGCUCAGAGUUGCAAAGUUGCCUUAGUGGUCUCCUAGAAAGUGUACCGGACAACGAGUGCGAAAAUAUAGAACGUCGAAUCUGUACUACGGCUUACGAAACCAUUAAAGAUGCCGAGUUCCAGAGCCGGCUAUUGCAAAAUAUCUUACCCACAGCAACAUGGAUAUCUCUUUUACGGUUCCGACUGGCCGUCUCAUUUUUACUCCGAAGUCCAAGUCCAUUGACUGAAUCUCCUGAACAAGUUCUCGACUUGAGGCGACUCACCUUAUUUUUGGUUGAGGAUGACCGCUUCAAUUCGUCUCUGUCCAUGGCAAAACGGGCUGGUUAUGAUUACGGUGAGCUAGCUGCCUUAGCCAAACUUCUCGAAGUCGUUGUCAACACCUCCUUGUUGGAUCUGAAUUAUCGACAAGAAAAUGCGGAAGCAGAGUUCAACUCUGUGGUUGAUAUGUUUGUAUUCCAGGUCAAGCGACUAUUCGGGUCAAUCGAGGAUUCCGGAGCUUCGAAUCUCAAACGAUAUGUUGCCAAAGAGGCUCUAGAUGCAUUGCAGGCUCGGGUGUUAUAUUCUGUUCGCACAAAACCUCCACCCCCCAGAGGCAUUUUCGAAACGGCUGAGAAAAAGGAUCGAAAAAUCACCAGUAUGUUGUUCAAGGACAAAUGGCAGCCCACAAAUUCGGAUGGCACCAACAUCCCCAUUCGGGGACAUGACCAAUAG